UUCGUUUCUUUCUGUUUUGUUCUUAAAGAAAGUGCGAGUCACUGCACAAAGACCGGGCGAAGAAAGUUACAGGAAAGAGAUCACGUUUACACUUAAACGUACGCACUUCACAUCUAUUUUGAUGUGUUGUUAGUAUUGAACAAUAUGGGUCCCGGCUAGAAUCUUCUAGAAACACCGGAGAACGGAGUUUCCUGUCUUUCGGACAGGGGCGAACAGCGGCCCGCUGCCGAAUCCAGGAGCCUCGGGCUGAAGUGAUUCGGUUUGCCGGCCAGCGAUCAAAGGAGUGGGAAAACGCCACACUGUCUUAUAAACUCUGCCCCUUCUGUUCUGGGAGAGUUCUGUCCUGAAAAGUCGCCAAGAUAGCUGGGCCGGGCAGGAAGCGCCACACCCCAGAACCAGACCCCAACAGUGACGGCGGUGCCGGACGGCCCGUGAACAGCAAGUGGCUGAAGAUGGCCAGCAGCAACGCCGAGGCAGCGGGCCGGCGCAGAGGCCAGCGCGGGACGGACGAUAGCGGCCACAGCAGCACCAGCAAGAAGAAGCAGAAGGACCGGGCUAACCAGGAGAGCCGCGAGGCCAAGCGCACUGCUAGCGCCGAGGCCAAGAAAGAUGCCUUCCUUGAUUGGAAGCAGAACGCAAACGAUGUGAUGGUGAAGCUGCGCUCCGGUGACGGCGUGCUGAAGGUAGAGGAUGUGAGCGUGGCGUUCUCUGACACUGCCUGUCAGGUCAGAUUCCCAGAUGGGAGCCAGUGGGGCUGUCACCUGCAUGCAGAGAUUGAGAGUUCCUGCAGCAAGGUUCAGUACAAGGAGAAGGGCAGCUUCCUGCAGCUGGUUAUGCAGAAGAAGAUCCCCUUCAACACCUGGCCAUCUUUGAUGGCACACAAGAAGGAGAAGGAGCCUGUGAAUAUCCAGACUGAGAACAGCAGAGAGCAGCCAGUGAAGCUGGAGAAAGUGGUGGAAAAGGUGGAACCGCCACGAGGGUCCGCCCAGCCUUCGCCCCUGACGGAGCAAAAGCGCAACAAACCGGAGCGUGGCGUCAAACGCUCCAUGAAGAACAAACUCUCAGACAAGGGGGACACCCCCGGGGCGAAGGACACGGAGACGGCCGCGCACGUGGGUAAAGGGGACCUGCCGGCUGAGCCCAGUGCCAAGCGCACCAGUCGCCCGGUCAGAGGCCCCAGAGAUCCUGAGCAGGGGCUCAAGAGGGAUGCCCAAGCCAAGGGUCCAGCUAAUGGUAAACCAGAGGGCAGAGGUGCUGCUGAGGCUGCCGCUACACAAAAUGGCCGACUGAAACAGGCCAGCAGCGCGAAGACGCCUGCGGCCACACAGGUGGAGGCUUCAACCGAGCGUAAUCAUGGAGUGAAAUCCCAGGUAAAUGCCCAGGAGGAAGAGAGCCCCCAGACCUGUGUGUCCACGCCUGGGUCAGGACAGGAGGGCCCCACCGCUGCAGGAGUGGCCCCGGCUGCUGUGUCCAUGCCUGGGUCACGACAGGAGGGCCCCACCGCUGCAGGAGUGGCCCCGGCUGCUGUGCCCACACCUGGGUCAGGACAGGAGGGCCCCACCGCUUCAGGAGUGGCCCCGGCUGCUGUGUCCAUGCCUGGGUCAGGACAGGAGGGCCCCACCGCUGCAGGAGUGGCCCCGGCUGCUGUGCCCACGUCUGGGGCAGGAGAGGCCGUUCCCGCCCUGGCUGGUGCAGAGCCUGCUCAUGUGACCGGCGCAACAGCUGGGGCGGCUGAUGAGUCACAGAGGCGGACGGAGGGGGAGACGGAACCCGAGAUGGGACAACAUGAGCCCAUGGUGCCCGAGACGACCACGCAGAGAACAGAGGAGCAUUAUCCCGCCAGGACAACGUACACACAGGACUAUCCCGUCAGCAAAACAGGCACACAGGACUGCUCCUCCACUGAGAUGGGCACCCAAGACUUUCCCUCCAGCAAAACGGGCCCACAGGACAACCCCGCCAGCAAGACAGGCACACAGGACUGCCCCACCAGCAAGACGAACACACAGGACUGCCCCUCCAGCUCAACGGGCACACAAGACUGCCUCACCAGCAAAUUGGGCACACAGGACAACCCUGCCAGCAAAACGGGCACACAGGACAACCCCUCCAGCAAAACGGGCACACAGUACACCCCCGCCAGCAAAACGGGCACACAGGACAACCCCGCCAGCAAAACGGGCACACAGGACAACCCUGCCAGCAAAACGGACUCACAGGACUGCCCCACCAGCAAAUCGGGUAUACAGGACGAGAAGACGGACAAGCCCAAAGAGGAGUCCCUGGAGAAGGAGCAGGAAGCUCCGGAGCCCAUGGUGAAUCUGAAGCUUGUGAAGAACGACUCGUACGAGAAAGGCACGGACCUGAUGGUGGUCAAUGUGUACAUGAAAGGGAUAUGCAGGGAGACUGCAGAGGUGCUAUUCCGGGAGCAAGACUUCACACUCAUCUUCCAGACCAGCGAUGCUAAUUUUUUGCGACUUCAUCCGGACUGUGGACCAAAAACUGUCUUUAAGUGGCAGGUGAAACUCAGGAAUCUCAUCCACCCUGACCAGUCGAUGUACGCCUUCACCCCGUCCCGAAUCGACAUCACUCUGAAGAAGAGGCACAGCCAGCGUUGGGGUGGGCUGGAGGCCCCUGCAACACAAGGUGCAGUGGGUGGCGCCAAGGUUGCUGUGCCUUCAGGACCUGCCUCUCUCGACAAGACUCAGCCGGGGAGCAGCCAGCACACGCUCCCUGCCAAGGAGGAGCCGCGGGUGGGGGAGCAGAAGGAGAAGGCCCCCCGGACCGAGGACACCAGCGGCCUGGACACGGUGGCGGCCCGCACCGUCACCGAACACGUCCCCCUCAAGCAGGAGCCACUUGUCGCUGCUGCGCCCAAGCCCACGUGUAUGGUGCCUCCGAUGACCCACGCACCUCCCGCUGGGAGCGAGCGCGCUGAGGAAGAGGAGGAGAAGAAGGUCUGCUUGCCAGGCUUCACAGGCCUGGUCAACCUGGGCAACACCUGCUUCAUGAACAGUGUCAUCCAGUCGCUGUCAAACACGCGUGAGCUGCGUGACUACUUUCAUGAUCGUGGGUUCGAGACGGAGAUAAACUGUAGUAACCCGCUGGGUACGGGUGGGAGGCUGGCCAUAGGCUUCGCGGUGCUGCUCCGGGCUCUGUGGAAGGGAACGCACCACGCCUUCCAGCCCUCCAAGCUCAAGGCUAUCGUGGCCAGCAAGGCCAGCCAGUUCACGGGGUAUGCCCAGCACGACGCCCAGGAAUUCAUGGCAUUCCUGCUGGACGGGCUCCAUGAGGACCUGAACCGCAUCCAGAACAAGCCCUACACGGAGACCGUGGACUCGGAUGGCCGGCUGGACGAGGUGGUGGCAGAGGAGGCCUGGCAGAGGCACAAGAUGCGGAAUGACUCCUUCAUCGUGGACCUGUUCCAGGGCCAGUACAAAUCAAAGCUGGUCUGCCCCAUCUGCUCUAAGGUGUCUAUAACCUUUGACCCCUUCCUGUACCUGCCGGUCCCCUUACCUCAGAAGCAGAAGAUCCUGACUGUCUUUUACUUUGCAAAGGAGCCUCAUAAGAAACCAAUCAAGUUUCUGGUGAGUGUCAGUAAGGACAACUCGAGCACAGCAGAAGUCCUGGAGUCCAUUUCCAGAAGUGUGCGGAUCAAAACUGAGAACCUGCGGCUUGCUGAGGUCGUCAAAUGCCGUUUCCACCGGAUCUUCCUGCCGUCCCAUUCUCUGGAUACGAUCUCACCCUCGGACACGCUCUUCUGUUUCGAAGUGCUCUCUAAGGAGCUGGCCAAAGAGAGGGUGGUGGUCCUACAGGUUCAGCAGCGGCCCCAGGUCCCCAGCAUCGCCAUAGCGAAGUGCGCCGCCUGCCAGAAGCCGCCGCAGUCCGAGGAGGAGAAGCUGAAGCGCUGCACGCGCUGCUACCGCGUGGGCUACUGCAACCAAACAUGCCAGAAGAAUCACUGGCCCGUCCACAAAAGUCUGUGCCGACCGAACUUGGAGAACGUUGGCCUUCCGUUUCUGGUCAGCGUUCCAGAGUCACGCCUCACCUAUGCCCGGCUCACCCAGCUGCUGGAGGGCUACUCCAGGUACUCGGUCAACGUUUUCCAGCCCCCCUUCCAGUCUGGGAGAGUGUCCCCAGAGGCCAGCCAGUGCCGGGCCGACCCGCUCCCCAUGAUGCCAGAGCCGGACAGCGCUGGGGUGGAGGGGGAGGCCCCGGUCGGGGGCGACGGGGACUGUAAGAAGGAGGACGGCAGCCCGGCCCCUGAGGGACAAGCCUCGGGCCAUUCCGCUGCGGAUCAGGACCUUCUCUCCACCCACACCGCCGACUCAGGCUUCUCAGAACCUGCCUCAGACUCCCACGAUCCUCAGGGGGAAAAGGAGACGUCCUACGAGAAGGCUGUGAAGCCCGAAGCUGCAGUAACUGGCUACCAGCAACCUUCUGAGGCUGUUGCUGGGCCCGCCUCCCAGUUCUACAUCUCUCUCCUCGACUCGGCCAACAAAGAACAGAAACUGGAGGACAAAGGCGAGGCUGUUCUGGAUGUCCCGGAGGAUGCCACCCUGGAGCUGGUGUGGAAGAACAAUGAGAGGCUAAAGGAGUAUGUGCUGGUCCGGUCCAAGGAGCUGGAGUUUGUGGAGGACCCAGGCUCAGCCAGCGAGACGGCCAGGGCCGGACACUUCACCCUGGAGCAGUGCCUCAACCUCUUCACCAAGCCUGAGGUGCUGGCCCCGGAGGAGGCCUGGUACUGUCCUAAGUGCCAGCAGCACAGGGAGGCCUCCAAGCAGCUGAUGCUGUGGCGUCUUCCCAACGUCCUGAUCAUCCAGCUCAAGCGCUUCUCCUUCCGCAGCUUCAUCUGGAGGGACAAGAUCAACGACAUGGUGGACUUCCCCGUCAGGAACCUGGACCUUAGCAAGUUCUGCAUCGGUCAGAAGGACGACGUUCAGCAGCCCCCCAUCUACGACCUGUACGCCGUGAUUAAUCACUACGGGGGCAUGAUCGGGGGGCAUUACACCGCUUACGCCCGUCUGCCCAGCGACAAGAACAGCCAGCGCAGCGACGUGGGCUGGCGUCUGUUUGAUGACAGCACCGUGACCACAGUGGAGGAGAGCCAGGUGGUCACUCGCUACGCCUACGUGCUGUUCUACCGCAGACGCAACUCUCCCGUGGAGCGGCCCGCGCGCCUCUUAGGGCCCCUGGGGGCCGAGUCCCCUGCCGCUGCAGGAGCCACCGCCAGCCAGGCCUCUAGCCAGACGCUGUUUGGAGCAGACCUGGAUCCGGAAGGGCCCCCACAGCUGACCCCAGAAGUGACGUCCGAUUUGUUUGCGCAUUCUGGUGACUGUGCCACCCCGUCCUACAGCAACAUGGAGGAAGUGGAUUAAAAUGGGCUGCCCAAGACUGGACAUCUGCCAUGGUGGCCAGUCAACAACAUUGUACCUUGGAGAUGUUUUCUUCAGCUAAAGACACUUCAGUGCUUACUAAUUAAUGAAGUGUGUUGAAGGAAACGCGUUUGUCCCGCUGUCAGGUGGUUGGGUGGCAUUAAUGCUCAUGCUUAAAGCGACCAUUCAUACACAAACACUUGCACAUGAACACACACUCAAAAAAGCCAUUGCUCACUCCCCUUGACCCAGUUGUCGCUGUCCAGUAGUCCUUACAGCUGUAAGCAGUGAACAACAUUUCAUCUGCAAGUUCAUUUCAGUCAAAUCUUCAUCUGACCCCACCCCUGCCAAGCCCAUACAACACUCAAGUAGGUUUCCCUUAAACAUACCAUUUAAACUCAGAUUCAUUGUUGGAGAAGGGUGGUGGUGGUGCAUUUUCUGUGCUUUUUUGAGUAGACUGAUGUGGUGGGUUAAUGGCAGCCUGUGGGAUUUUGCAAGCUGAGAUGUUUAUGUAGCGAACCUCAUACUACCGUGGUUGUUGGCAGACCACAUUUUUUAAGCAGUAAAAAAAGGCUGAAAUUACUUUCAAUCCCCACUGUCCCUUGCCCUCUGUGUUCAGAUUCCUGCUACCUAGCACCUAGGUGGCCUUUUCAUUUUGCUCUUGUACGUUUUCCUUUCAAGAGGAAAUAUUAACCUGGUAAGUUAUUGGAUCAACCCCUGUGGAUGUGUUCUGUGACGGAAACAAAACUAUUUUGCUUGAUACACACUGAAAUGUGCAUGUUGACACAGUAGCCCUAGAACGGAAUGUUGUUUUCCUCUCUUUAGUUUGAAUCCUGUGUUUUUCAGUUCUGAGUGGAUUGUCUUAUUUUUGUUACCCACUUUCCCCCUCUGCCCCGCCCCAUUUAAUUUUUUUUGUAUUGGACUGCAUAUAUGAAGUGGAGUGUGGGGUGGGGGUUAUGAUUCUAAGAAUGCUGCUGUGAAUAAAGUAUAAAUGGUUAAUAUAAAUAAAACUUUUUUUGAGAAACUAAAAUACUAAGUUCACGUUUUUAUAGCAUUACAUAUUAAAUGAUUACAGGAGUAACUUCAUAUGAAGGACUGUUUUUUUCCCCCCCUGGUUUGUUUCUAACAUAGAACAUUAUGAAUAUCCAAUACUGUAUAAUGCACAAUGUUAAUUUGGCUGACAUUUCUGAACUAUAAAGGACAAUUGAUACAUUUA